AUAUGAAACAAACUUUGAAAACAACCUUAGCAUUUACAACCUUAAAGUAGACAAUACCAAAAUAGCAAAACAUAUCUUGUUAAUAAUUAUUCACAAACAAUAUACAUAAAUCAGGUUUAAACUACUUAAGCUGAAAAUUGCCAUUAAAACCAAAUGCUCCAUAUCGAGAUGGUUUAAAUUCUGUGCACGUAAAAGUGUUAUGCACAACAUGACAACAGGUCACUUCUUUCUUCCUGUAUAGUGUUAACAGAUAAAACCUCAUCAGUAAAGGAAGAUGAGAUGUAUGAAUUAUGGCAGUUCCCAAAUAUGACUCUUCAUUCUUCUUUUAUAGCCUUAGUGACAGGUUUAGCUUUAUAACCUAUAAAAACUUGCAUAAAAAGUCUGACCUGCAUUAGACGAUGAGCACAACAAAUCACAGAGAAAGGACACCAGCAUGUAAAAAGAAAUAUGAAAAGAAUGACCAACUACAUUGAUUUAUGAAGCAAAGCUGACAAAUAGAGCUUUAAAUGACAACAGAAUGCUUAUUAACGAUGUAAAUAUCACCAAACACCUUGAACAGUGUGGGGGUGGACCUGUUUUCGUGAGUCAAUUGGUUCCAGUGUUUGUCUCUCGUAUAUUGACAUUGCUGGUAAUAGAUGGCAGCCGAAAUUGGAUUGGGUCAAUCAUGCUUGCAGUAGCAAAACAUCUUGAUGACCACUACAUUAUGAUAGAUGUUAAGGCCAUGGUCUUAGCUGUAAAUACUAAAAUAUGAGUGUGAACAUUUGCAAUGAUUUAGUGACUGAAACUAAUCAUUCAAACGAAUUGCCAUUGUGUCAUAGCAAUACAUAUUUAUCUUAAUCUGUCAUGGAAAAACACAUAGGCCUACAUUGUGCAACAUCAUCUAUAAAAGUACAGUCUAUGGUAAGAUGGUGUUAGAAUGUGAGGUUAUGUUGUUGUUUGUUUGAUUCUACUUAACAAUAAUAGUUUCACGUCAUAUAAGCAUUGUGAUGUAAUGGAAUAGAUUUGAUCUGAACAUCUAUACAUUUUGACACUUAUUUGUGUAACAGGAACUUCAAAACUUUUAUUUUGGAGACACUAACACUUUACUUCCGGUUUUCUUCCGCUUUCCCUGGCUUGUGAUGCUAGCUGCUAGCCGUUUCAUGCUAGACAGUGAAAACGUGCGUGCUGAAAAAAUGCCAUCUAGAAAUCAUCUUGACAAAAUUGGGAGGAAGAAGAAGAAGAAAUGGACGGAGGAGGCCAUGGAGCGUGCGUUGAUCGAGGUGAAGUCUGGGAGGUGUACGGUGAGACAGGCUGCCAAAGAGUUUGGAGUCCCUAAGUCUUCGCUGGGGGACAGAGUGAGUGGACGGGUGACACCGGGGAGCCGCAGCGGGCCUGCUCAGCUGAUAACAUCUGCGGACGAGGAGCUGUUGGUGGAGUUUUCUUUAUACAUGUCCAAGCAUGGCUUCCCUCUCACAAAGCAACAGCUGGUGUCUUUUGCAUCAUCCAUUUACAAGCGGCAGCAUCGGAGGGUGGCGUUUUCUAAACUAGGCCAGACCUGGUGGCUCAAUUUUAGAAAACGUCAAGAAAAGAAUAUCACCAUUCAGCCAGCAGACAAUGUUGUUCGUGGGAGGACAGUGCAUGUGAGAAAAGAAGCAUUGGAUCAAUUUUUACACUUACUAAGCACUGUUAUGGACUCUCGUGGGCUCCGAGACAAGCCUCAUCAAAUUUUCAACUGCAAUGAGACAGGCUUUCAGCUGGGCAGGAAGAGGGUGAUUCUGCCUAAAUCUGCCAGUCUGGGCUGCAAGCCAACGUCAGGCUCCAGAGACCACAUCUCCGUCCUGGCUUGCUUUAGCGCAGCUGGAGAGGACAUUCCCCCGUUUAUUAUCUACUCAAAGGCAUACCCAGGGGGAGUAUGUUACAAGACUCAAGGGCCUCCAAACGCAAUCUAUGGAUGGUCCAACUUGGGGUGUAUCAACUCUGACCUUUUCAAGAAAUGGUUCCUCAAACACUUCCUCCUGCACGCACCAAAGGAGCGUCCACUGCUGCUGAUUUUUGACGGACACAAGUCUCCGGUGAACCUGGAGGUGGUGGAAGCAGCUCGUAAGGAGGACGUCAUCCUUCUGUGCCUCCCCCCUCACUGCUCUCACAUCCUGCAGCCACUCGAAGCAGGCCUCUUCAUUCUCCUGAAGAAGCGCUUUGCUGCCUUCGUAGGCGAUGGUUGUGCCCCUGAUUCUCACUUUGCUGUCAGCAAGAAGGAGUUCUCAGGUGUGUUUAAAGAGACAUAUCAGGUGGUGAAGGAAGAGGAGGGUGUGAGGAUUGUGAAGGACGGCUUUAGAAAAUGUGGCAUCUACCCACUGAACCACUUUGCUUUCAACGAGGGUCAUUUAAUGGCAUCGCAGAGCAUGGGCUCAGAAGCUGGAUGCUCCCUGUCCCCAUCAGCUGAGGGGGAGAGCUCACAGCUGCUGGACCCCCAUUCAGACUAAUAACUGCACAAGACUGUCAGUCGGACAUUAGUACCUUUAAGGAAUGAGAGUGACUGCUUUAUUUAACUAAACCUGGCUGAUCAUUUUAAAAACUAAAGGAUGCAACACCUCCUUCAGCUUUCUCUCAGAGAAUGAUGUCAAUGUUUUUCUCAGAUUUUGAAUUUAACUGAACAUAUUUAAAUGCUGCCCAUUAGCAGUUUCCAACCUGGGGGAGAGUUCUCUGAAAUUACAAUUUAAUUAGUCAAAAGGGUUUUAUUAGGAUAUGAAUUAAAAAUAUAUAUUCCCGCUGAGGAAAUGAAUAUAUUCUUAUCAUUACUGUUCUUUACAUGCUUAGAUAAACGGAAACAUUUCAAACUUGGCAACAUUGUAUUCUCUUGUUUAAGACUUACAGGAACUAGUACAUUGGGGAAAUUGCAACAUGUAUUAUGAUCCAUGCAGAGGAUUUGCAAAGAAGAAAUACUUAAAAGUUGUUUCUAAGGGGUUUCUUUCCAAAAUGUUGAAAUCUGCCAUAAAACAAACAGCGAGAACAUGAGGGAUAACAAUGUCCUUUUGGUAAUAAUGAUAGCAGGGAAAUGAUAGCCCGCUUUGAAACGGCUAACUCAUCUCAGUCGUGCAUCAUAUUCUUCCUUUGCUUGUGCAUGUGAAUGUACUACUCGGCCCAUUACGAAAUGAUACAGAUUUUAUUGAUACAAAAAAUGAAGAACUGUUCAGAAAAGUUGAAACCUUUUAAAAUUGGGGAGUGUCUCAAGAUAAAUGUGUUGAAAUAUUGUAAUGUUCUCCAUUCACACAGAUGAAUGAAUAAGCACUGCAGUAUUAUCUCAGGGAGAAUAAACAGAAUAAAUAUA